CCUUGUGUUUAGUAGGCGUUGACAUGCACGCGACAGACAGCGGAGUGAAUUUAUCGCCUUCCAGUCUCUCCUGAUGUCUGAGGACUGCAUUCACUGAAAAAGCCUUUGCCUGUUUUAUUUAGUAUUUGCGCUUUUCAUCAUUUUUGAGCCGCACCGUUUGAUUCAUUUGUGAUGUUGCGGAUUGUGGUGUUUAUGGGGCUGUUGGCUGUGGGGGGCUCUGCGGCUGCUCUGUCCAAGAACGAAACGUUUAUUCGGACAUUUUCUGGUUUCUUCCUCACCGUCACCGAUGAGCCAAUUGAUUACCUGGACGUGCAAGAGGAAGGCAGCGGCUCCAGCUCGGAUCAAGUAUCCAAACCCAAGAAAGACCACCACCACCACGUGGCUAAGAAGACUUAUCACAUCUCUCCGGAGGCCUCCAGCUUCCUCACAGGCCGCGUGGUGACCGCUGUCAUCCCAACAAUAUACAUUGUGGUGUUUAUCAUCAGCGCUCCUCUAAAUCUGCUGGCGCUGGUCAUGUUUGUGCGCAAAGUGAGACCCAAAAAACCGGCGGCGAUUUAUAUGAUCAAUCUGGCUUGCGCCGACCUUCUGUUCGUCCUGUUGCUCCCGUUUAAGAUAGCCUACCAUUACAACGGAAAUAACUGGAUAUACGGGGCCGGCAUGUGUCGCUUCGUCACAGCCGCUUUCUACUGUAACAUGUACUGCUCUGUGCUGCUGAUAAUGUGCAUCAGUGUGGACCGUUUUAUGGCUGUCGUUUACCCAAUGGACUCGCUCACCUGGCGCAGUCCACAAACUGCAUCCGUCGUGUGCGCCGCCAUGUGGAUUCUGUCCAUCGGUGGUGUGAUGCCUUUGCUAAUUUCCAAUCAAACCGUUCACCUACCUGACCUGGGCAUCACCACCUGUCACGACGUCCUUGACAUCCACCACCUCCGCGAGUAUUACCUGUACUUCUUCCCCAUCAUCUCUUCUUUUUUCUUCAUCCCGCUCAUUUUUAGCACCGUCUGCUAUGUGCGCAUCAUCCAAGCCUUGUGUGCAGCCAAUGUGGAAAACCGCGCAAAAAAAACGCGGGCCGUCUUUAUGGCUGUAACGGUCUUUUCUGUUUUUGUCAUAUGCUUCGCACCCACAAACAUAAUCCUGUUGUCGCAUUAUGUGCAGUUCGCGCACAAACACAAUGACACGUCCUACGCCGCCUACUUGGUGUCCACAUGCAUAGGGAGCAUCAGCUGCUGUCUGGACCCCCUCAUGUACUACUUCGGGUCGUCUCAGUGCCAAAAACAGGUUCUCGCCUUUCUCAAGUGUCAGGGAGCGUCAGGCAUCGAGAGAAGUGCACAGUUCACCAGCACCACCAGGUCAAGCAAGCUAGAGACUUUUAAAAGCAGCGUGAGCAGCCAGUACAGGAAGCUGAUGGCAUGAGCAGUCUGCUUUUAAACGGGUUUUUAGAACUUUGCAGCUGGUCAGGGUGAGAGACCUUCUCAAGCCUGCUGUGCUGUAGCAGGUUUCCAAGGACUUUAAAUCAUUUAUUUUAUCAGGUCCAGCUCAUGACAUUUAGGAUGGUUGGAGAUGAUUACACUCCGUCAUAAUAUUUCCAAAAACAUCCAAAUGACUCUGGCACUUAAAUCGUAUCUAUGCUUUUAUAUCGUCUCUGCUAAUGUAUAGAUUCUUUCUUUAUUUUUGUAUUCAUUUGUUACCAUGUCGAAAAGCUAUAUUCUUGCCAAUAAAUGCAUAUUUACAUAUCAGCUA